ACUUGUUUCUGUGAGCUGCAGUUUCUUCCUGCCCGGCUCGAACCUCGUUCUCUUCCUCACAGUGUGUCUGAGUCUCACACCCUACAGCAACCAUGAAAACCUCCAGGCAAACUUCAUACUCUGUGCGGUCCUCUACUAGUAGCAGGACUCCUGGCAUGUCCAUCACUCGCACCUCUGCUCCCAUCUACAAGGCCCAGUCUAUCCACGGCGGGGCCGGUGGCUCCCGGGUCAGUGUCUCCUCCACCGUCCGGAGCUCACUGGGAGCCGGGAUGGGAGCAGGGAUGGGAGCAGGGGGCAUGAUCAGCAGCGUCCAGGUGAGCGGAAACAGCGCAGACAUCAUGGGCAACGAGAAGUUUGCCAUGCAGAACCUGAACGACCGGCUGGCCAGCUACCUGGAGACAGUGAGGAAGCUGGAGAAGGCCAACCAGAAGCUGGAGAUCCAGAUUAAGGAGGCCCUGCAGAAGAGUGGACCAGACUUCAGAGACUACAGCAAAUACCAGGCCAUUGUGGAUGAGCUGAGGAAGAAGAUUUUUGACGCCACCAUCGACAAUGCCCGACUGAUCCUGAACAUCGACAACGCUCGCCUGGCAGCCGACGACUUCAGAGUAAAAUACGAGUCUGAGCUGGCCAUCCACCAGUCCGUCGAGGCUGACAUCGUCGGCCUGAGGAAACUCAUCGACGACACCAACUUGAGCCGCAUGAACCUGGAGAGCGAGAUCGAAACCCUGAAAGAAGAGCUCAUCCACCUCAAGAAGGACCACGACAAUGAAGUUGUGGAACUUCGUGAACAGAUUUCCAGGUCAGGUGUCCACGUAGACGUCGAUGCUCCCAAAGGUCAAGACCUGUCUCAGAUCAUGGCAGAAAUCAGAGCCAAGUACGAGACCAUGGCAAAGAAGAACCAGGAAGAGCUCAAAGCAUGGCAUGAAUCUCAGAUAAUAGAAGUACAGACUCAGGUGAGCCAGAACACAGAGGCCCUGAAGGGUGCGCACACAGAGCUGACGGAUCUGCGCCGACAGAUCCAAACCCUGGAGAUUGAGCUGGAGUCACAGAAGAGCAUGAAAGCCUCCCUGGAAGGGACGCUGAGGGACACGGAGAUGCGCUACAACAUGGAGAUCGAGUCCCUCAACUCCAUCCUCCUGGGCCUGGAGGCGGAGCUCACACAGCUGCGCAACAACAUCCAGCUGCAGACGCAGGACUACGAGGCCCUGCUGAACACCAAAAUGAAGCUGGAGGCCGAGAUUGCGACAUACAGACGCCUGCUGGAUGGCGAAGACUUCAAGAUUCAGGACGCUUUGGAGGAGCAGAAAACGGUGGUGCAGAAGACCAAAGUGAUGACCGUCACGCAGACCCUGGUGGACGGGAAGGUGGUCUCCUCCAGCACCGAAACCAAAGACUACUAAACACAACCAGCAGCCGACUGACGUUCUGAGCAGUAAACACAGAAAAUAAUUAAUUUUUACUUACUGUAAGUUCCUCUUAGGUUUUAGCCAAACAGGAUUAACCCUUAAAGUUCGCUGCAGAGGCUGAUUUCAACAGGAAAACAAAACCGUCUGUUAUUUAUUUCAUCGUAGUUUAUUUAUGUCAUUGUUUGCCGGCCUGUAGUUUACAAGAGAUUAAAAUUGGAGGACU